AUGUUUCUCCAGUAUUAUCUUAAUGAGGAGGGAGAAUGGGUCUAUACGCUGAAGAAGUUCCACCCUAUGGGACAACAGACCUGUUCAGCCCAUCCAGCGCAAUUCUCCCCGGACGAUAAGUACUCGAGACACCGAAUCACCAACAAGAAACGCUUCAAGGUGCUCAUGACCCAGCAGCCGUGUCCGGUCCUCUGA